AUCAGGCACGCUAAGUAGUACUUCAUAGUCCCCACUCGAAACAGCCCCUGAUCCUCUCCAAUAAACUAUGCAUUGCGACCCUUUUCUCGCUCCGCCUUGACCUGCUGCAGCCUCAGAAUCGACCGCGACGCGAACUUCAACCACAAACUCACAUGACCGUGUCGAAAUUUGUAGGCCGAGGCGAAGUGGGACAGACGACAAAUGGGUGGACAAUGACCCCGAUCUUACUCAUGGCACCAUCCGUCCGGAUGGCCUCAAGACCCGAAGACGUACCUUGGUCUUCUCCUUCAUGGCUGGGUUCUGCUGCGACGACCUUCCCUUACGCUUGCCUGUCCUUUUCUUGACCUAAAAUCUCGAUCAAUCGCGUCCGUCCGACGCUUAGCAUACCUCAGAGGCGAAGUCCCUACAUAAGCGCCGAAGCAGUAGUGUGCUACAAUGCCCAACGCAGCCGCCGAGAAUGCUCUCGGGACGAUGGGUGUCGUGUGCUGGUGCAUCCAGCUCAUACCCCAGAUCUGGAAGAGCUACAGAGAGAAGUCGACGAAGGGACUGUCUCCUUGGUUAACCUUCCUCUGGACGAUCUCCGCGCCCUUCCUCGGCACGUACUGCGUCGUGCAGAAGCUCAACAUUCCCCUCAUCCUCCAGCCGCAGCUCUUCGGCUUUCUCUGCUGCAUCUCCUGGGGCCAGUGCCUCUAUUACACACCCGGCACUUACAGCCGCACACGUACCCUCCUCACCACCUUCGGCCUCCUCGCCGUCAUGGCGGGUUUCGAGGCGGGCAUGGUCUACGCCAUCCGCCCCGCGUACGAGGGGGGGAACAUGAAGCCCGUGCGCUUUUUCGGCAUCAUGAGCAGCGUGCUUAUAUCGGUGGCGCUGCUGCCGCAGUAUUGGGAGAUAUACAGGCAUGGGGAGGUCAUUGGGAUCUCGAUCCCGUUCAUGUUGAUUGAUCUGCUGGGGGGCGUGUUCUCGGACCUCUCGCUCGCCUUUGCGGAGGAGUUUGACGUGAUCGCGGCAAUCACGUAUAGUCUGGUUGUGGUUCUCGAUGGCCUCGUGAUCCUGGCGGCGCUCAUCCUCAAUCCGCUCGCGCGCCGGAAGAGGAGGAGACUGCAAGCAGAGCGCGAUCAGGAGGAGAGGGCGGGGCGGGUGGUGGAAGAGAACGAGGGGCGUACACUAGAAGGCUCUGUCGGUGACAGCACACCGGUGGCGAGAGAUGGGGAAUUCGCGCGAACAGGGCAUGAGUCGGAAAAGGACACGGUUGACGCGACGAAGGGAGUCGUGGGCUGCAGCACGUCCGCUGAUGUGGAGAAAGAGGGUGCUUGAUGAUGACUGAAGUAUGACCAUAGAUUCUAAUGUGUGUGUGUAGAGGAGUUGUAUGUAGGUGUGACAUUCGAAAGCAGACAUUUAGCUUUCGACGUGCUAAAAAAUUGUUCUCUCCGGGGUCUUCACCAUUCUCUUCGCUAUAGCCUAUACU